UAUUUUAAAAAUUUUAUCUGAAAAGAAAUAACCAUUAAUCAGCUUCUUGUAUGGAAGAGUGAAAGUACUUGCCCUGAGGUCACGUUAGGUCAGGAAAAGGAAGACCCAGCAAGGUCACAGACGAAGGGGGGUCAGACUGUCGGAGCUUUUAGUUCUUCUGCGAUUGAGGUCAUAUGAGGUCACGAGGAGCAGCGUAACUAUGAACAGGAUACUUUUACUAGCGUGUGUGUUGGUGUUGAGUGCAGGAAGGGCGUCCGGCCAAGGGAGGUUCCUGGAGAGGCCCGUAGCUAGCCUCUGUACCUCGCGCCCAAGCCACGACCUCUUCAGCGGCCACAGGUACUUCUACUCCUGGCUCGACCCUUCCAACUCCAACACCUUCCUGGACUGGGUCGACGCGAGGAACUGGUGCCGGAGAAGGUGUAUGGAUCUUGUGGCCUUCGAAGACGUCAGGGAGUACCAGAGGGUCUCCAGAAGGAUGCUGGCGAGCGACAACAAAUUCUACUGGACCUCGGGACGUCGCUGUGACUUCGACGACACUUGCCUGCGCCACGACCUGCAGCCCGUUGACAUCAAUGGCUGGUUCUGGUCUGCCUCCAACAAGAAAAUGCGGCCGACCAACCACAGGAGUCCGGCUAAUGACUGGUCGUACACGGGGGGGUGA